AUGGGUCUCUCAAGGCAGUCGAGGAUCAUCACCUUGCUGGUGAUAGACACGGCCUUCUUUUUCCUCGAACUUACCGUGGGAUACGCCGUGGGAUCACUGGCCCUCAUCGCCGACUCGUUCCACAUGCUCAAUGACGUGCUUUCCCUGAUUGUCGCUCUUUAUACCAUCAAGCUGGCCACCAGCCCGAGCUCGGCACAGAACUCGUACGGAUGGCAGCGUGCUGAGAUCCUCGGCGCACUCAUCAACGGUGUCUUCCUCAUUGCCCUCUGUGUCAGCAUCUUCCUCGAGGCUGUUGGCCGCAUCAUUGCGCCUCCUGAGAUCAGCAACCCCAAGCUGAUCGUGCUCGUCGGAUCGAUGGGUCUGCUGAGCAACCUCGUCGGUCUCGUCCUGUUCCAUGAGCAUGGCCACUCACACGGCGGCCACUCGCACGGCCCUCCCAAGAAGACUGGUCCCAUUGCCCUGCCCGACGACGACGACGAGAUUGCCGAGCCGACCCCGAUCCCUCGUCCUCGCGCCGACUCGAUGAGCUCGCUGUACCAGCACCCAGCCGAGACCCGUGCGCAGAUCAUCGAGGCCGCCCGCCUCGGCACCUCGCUCGACGACGGCAGCUUCCUCGGCUCCAUGGCCUCGCCGCCCGUCUCUACAUCCACUCGCCGUAACAAGCACUCGUCAAUGUCGUCUCGUGCUCGCCAGAGCCUGAGCAUGCGGGCCCCCGCGCCAGGAUCGAACGAGACCAUUCCUCCUACCCAGGGUUCGACGACCGACGAGGUCCUCGUUUCGCCCAAGGCGGUUCUUGCUGUUCCCCAUGACCAUGACCACGACCACGACCACGCCCACGCUCACGCCCACGACCACGACGACGCUGAGCGCGGGCACAGCCACGACGACGGACACGACCACGCCAAGGAGAACGGUGCCGGCGGCGGCCACGGCCACGGUCACGGCCACAUGAACAUGCACGGUGUGUUCCUGCACGUCCUCGGCGACGCCCUCGGCAACAUUGGUGUCAUUGCUGCGGGUCUCGUCAUCUGGUUGGCCGCUGGACGCUCUACUUUGACCCCGGUGUCUCGCUCUUUAUCACCUGCAUCAUCUUUUCGUCCGCCAUCCCUCUUGUCGGCCUCUGUCAUCCUCAUGCAGGGUGUGCCCAACCACGUGUCCCUCGAAGACGUACGCGACGCCAUCAAGGGCGUGGACGGUGUCGUCUCGGUGCACGAGCUGCACGUCUGGCAGCUGUCCGAGACCACGUCCGUGGCGUCGGUCCACGUCCUCAUCCUGCCGGGCUACAACUACAUGGACGUUGCCAACAACAUCCGUCAUGUUAUGCACUCACAGGGCAUCCACAGCGUCACCAUCCAGCCUGAAUUCAUCACCACGGCCGACGAAGCCGGCGGCGACUGUUCCGACUCGGACCCGGCCGAGCGCUCGUGUCUGAUCAGGUGCCCGCCCGACCAGUGUGUGGCCGACACUUGCUGCCCCCCAGCGCCGAGCACCGGCACGGCCAUUUCCAACGUGUCCGAGGGCGACGAGCGGUCCAACCAUUCCGCCGGGUCCAACCACUCGGCGCACUCGGGCCACUCGCACUAG